AUGGGAGCGAUUCGUUUGGUACUUCUGGGCCUUGUGGCGACAGGUGCAGAGGGUGGAGCCUGCAAUCCUGUAGAUUCCUGUCCAAAGCUGUCGGACGGGCUGUACUGCCCAGUCAACGAUGUCACAGAGCAUGCGGACAUCAACCGGGACGUCGCCUUGAUCAAGAGGUACCUGGAGGACACGCCUGAUUAUGCCAUGGCCAAAGAGGUCUACACCAUGGGCAACUUCUCCUCGAAGGGCCUGGGGAACAUGCGCACGCUCCAGGACCUGGCUCUGAAGGACAUGACCGUCGGCGGGAAGUACACCAAUGUCUUCUAUACCGGUGCUCUCAGCCUCUACAACUCGACGUCUGCCAUCUGGCACGACUACAUCAUGGCGUGCUUGGAUAACACGGGUGUCUGCCAGGGACAGAGCGACUCUUUCAGGCGAUAUGUGAUCAACAAGGCCCUCAUCGGUGUUGUGACCGCCUAUGCUACCUACGAGUUCGGUGCAGCUGUUUGGAAAGGUGAGAACGGUCAGACAGCGGAUGGUGAGGCGGCCUACGCCUGGGACGAGGGUGCUGCUUUCUACAUCGGCAACAUUGACCCCGUGCUGGGUGAUGGGUUCAGCGGUGCUGCUCCUGGCAACCUCUACUCACCGUAUGAGUUCAACUGGAAGCGCGAUUUCGACUACCCUGAUGGCACCAACACACAUCAGGCUUCCAUUCCAAUCUUGAACUAUGGCCUCAUCAACCUCCGUGGCAGCUACAAUGCCGCGAACGUAAAAGCCGCGGAGUUGGGCAUGUACAAGAUCUUCUCCAUUGCCGCCAUCCGUAGCGCCAUCAAGUACGCCGACAAGGCCUACAACGGCGGAACCAUGGAGCCCAAAUACUUGGCCGAGGGCUGGGCAUACUGGCGAUCCGCAUCUGGGUAUAUGUCCAACUUCAACGCCACCGCCGUGGAGGCCGUGGAUGCACUCUUCGACUUGAAGCAAACAUCCAUCCCAGCGGAUGCCCCCUGCAAGGUGAAGACGCUCGUGGAGUCCCUAUACCCUCACCUGGGCAUCACCUGCGCGAUGGUGGGCAAGUGGAAGGAUGCACCCACCGGGGGUUGCCUGGACUCCGUCUGUGACGACACAGGCAACUCAGCCACACUCCUGGGAGGCUCCGACGCCUAUGUCGACAUGUGCAAGGCCACAACUACCACAACGGGCGGCUCCACGGAGACGAGUCUCGCGGGCCGAGCUGCUGCCUUGCCAGCAGCCGGUGCAUUGGCUGCGAUGGUAGCUCUGAGCUGCCAGUGA